GCGGAGGGUAUUGAACACAGCUGUUGCGUUUGAUGGUUUGUGACCGAGUGGAAAGACAACAAGACGCAGGACGAGGCAGACAGGCGAGGUUUUUUUUUUGUAGUUAAAGAGAGAGAGAGAGAGAGAGAGAGAGAGAGAGAGAGAGAGAGAGAGAGAGAGAGAGAGAGAGAGAGAGUCAAAUUUCAACUAAAGGAAGAAAAAAAAAACGAAAAACGAAGUAACAGCAAUGGGAGAGAGAGAGAGAGCGGCCGGCUCGUGGUUUUACUGAUGCGGCUAAAUUAUCAGAGAGAGAGAGAGAGAGAGACACGUUUGGAUAUUAGUGGUAUCGAUUAUCAUCGCUUUUUAAUCUCAGGCAUUUGAAAAUAAAGAAAUACACGGUGCCGGUGGCUCAUUUGUUGAAGUUGAUAGAAGACAGAGGAAGGAGAGAGUGGGAGGGACGUUUUGGUCUUGAAUUUGGUGGAAGCAGCCGCGGCUGAGUUUGCGAAUUCCUGACUGGGGUCGAAGAACGAAGACGCACGAUUUGGGAAAUUUUUUAAAAAAAAUAUAUAUAUAUAUAUAUAUUAUUAUUAUGCUGUCCUGCAAACAUGACAAAAAAAAGCUGACACGGAUCGAGCCUCAACGUGAAACGAAUUAUAUUCAUUUUUAUUUUUUGGGAUAAUUAUAAGAAAACCACAAAAAAAAAGACUUUUGUGGACGUUUGGAUAACGGGAGAUUAUUUUAACAAGAGUUCUUUUUUUUAAAAAAAAGAGAUUUCUAAGGGAAGACAAAACGUGUAAUAAUAAUCACUGCUCAAGAAAAUAAAACACGCGUAUCUUCCAUAUACCGAAGGAUUAUUAUUAGUAUAGUUAUCGACAUAGUUUUUGACAUCUUAAAAAAACAAAACACGUUUUUUAUUAUUUAUUUUUUUUGAUAUAUUUUUGUUUGAUCUUUAGACACCCACACAUCUAUACUAACAGGACUAGAAUACGUUGCAGGCGGUUUUUGCAAACGUGGAUUUUUUUGGAAAUUGAGGUACAUACUGGAUAAAUAACCGUGGCCUUUUUUCAUUUUUUUUUUUCUGAAAGGAAAAUAUAACAGAAACGGAUGUACGCAAUUCUGUGAGCAUAUUUGAAUUUCAUUUUCACUAUUACUAGUUUACCUAUUUGUGUUCUCGAUUAUUAUUAUUAUUAUUAUUAUUAUUAUUAUUAUUAUUAUUAUUAUUAUUAUUAUUAUUAUAAACAUUGUGUGCGUGUGUUUUGAAAGCAAAACAAAAACACGACUUUCUUUACUGUACAGUAUAAAAACAAACUUAGAUGAUUCAAAUAACGGUAAGAUCCUAAUACUAUAAAGACACACGCUAUACACUUUUAAUUAGCGUUAUUUGAUGGCGAUUUUCGACUCGAGUCGCAAUUACUUUGGGGUUGAAACGCACCUUGUCUGUACAGCUCGUGGGACGUUCGUUUCACAAACUUUUGACAGACUCCGUACUUGCGCAAGAAUCACUGAUAAAAAUUAUAAUACCAACAACAAUAACUGUGCCAAAGACUGCCACCCAUAUCAUUUCAUUUCAACUAUGACUGUAAUCUGACAGGGUCUUAAUAAUAAUAAUAAUAAUAAUAAUAAUAAUAAUAAUAAUAAUUUCGAAGUUGGCACAGGAAUGCAUAUCAACAGACCCAAAAGCGACCUGUUUAGUUUCUCUUCUCCUCCGAUAUCGCCUUCCGGUCAUAACCAGGACAGUAAAUCUGACUCUUACUCCAAACAAUUCAAAACCAUGCGGUUUUCUUACCACAUCGGAGAUGGGAUGGCGAGUCCACAACAGCGGCAGCUGCUGAACCAGGGGCCCCGGAGAAGCGGGUCCUCGUCCAGCCCUCGUCUCCUCUCCAAGUCCCUCUCCCUCGAACCCGGCUCCUGUCUGGGGGGCAGGCAGACCCCCCACCGGCUCUGCUCGGACCCGGGGCCACUGAGCCCCCAAGACUGCAACGGGACGAGCGAGCACAACCCCCCCGCGCCCCCCAAACAGAGACCCCACACAGCGGGACCCAAACCUCAAGUGCCACCGAAGCCCCCUCACCUGCAGAGUGGGCGUCGCCCGAAAGGGAAGGGGCAGCACAUCCCCCCGCCCCCGUCCCGACCCCUGCCUGCUGACCCCCGGGGGGAUCGGGGGACCCUCCCCCGAACUGAAGGGGGCGCCACUCCUUCCUGUGUGCUGUCGCUCAUCGAGAAGUUUGAGAGGGAGCAGAUUAUUCUCGUCCCUGACAACAGCGGUGUCUCACUGGGCCCGACCAGAGUCUCGGAACCAGAACUGGACCUGAUCUCAACCCCCGUCGGAGACCGGACAGAAAAACAGCGGGCAGAAGAAGGAGGAGAGGGAGACCGAGAAAAUGGGAGAGAGAUGGGUGAAGGGGAAAAGAGCCCUAGCCUAGCCAGGGAGCCCCAAGAGGAAGCCUGCCGGCCAUCAGACAGACGCUUGUCCUCCGAAUCAGGCUACGCCCCGUCCGAUAGGCUUCUGGACUCCCUGGAAAUGAGGGACCCGCUGGCCGACCAAUCGAGUUGCUGCUCCGAGCGGCUGGCCCCACCCCCUUGCGGCCUGAGCGACGGCAAGCUGACCAAUCGGGACAGCGGGAUCGACAGCAUCAGCUCUCCGUCGCACAGCGAGGACCUGUGCUUCGUGGGAGAGGAGGAGAGGGGGGUGGGAGAGAGGGAGAGGCCACACCCCUCACGCCCUGUUAGCCACGCCCACAGGGAGGAAGGGGGCGGGGACUGGGAGGGGGAUAGUGAUUUGGGGGAGGGGAGCGGAGACGAGGAAAGCAGCGAGACCCCGACUCGGAAUCAAGCGGAGAUGCAGGCUGUACCCCCCAAAACAGAGAGACAGGAUUCUUCAGAGUUGUCAGCUCAGCAGAAAGUGUUCAAUAUUGCGAACGAGCUCCUGCACACAGAGAAGGCCUAUGUAUCCAGACUGCACCUCCUGGACCAGGUGUUCUGUGCCCAGCUCCUGGACGAGUCUCGCUCUCGCGGUUCUUUUCCCUCGGAGGUUGUCCUGGGUAUCUUCUCCAACAUCUGCUCCAUUUAUUGCUUCCAUCAGCAGUUCCUGCUGCCCGAGCUCGAGAAACGCAUGCAGGAGUGGGACUCGAACCCGCGGAUCGGGGACAUCCUGCAGAAGCUGGCCCCCUUUCUGAAGAUGUACGGGGAGUAUGUGAAGAAUUUCGACCGCGCCAUGGAGCUGGUCAACUCCUGGAUGGACCGGUCAGCGCAGUUCAAAGGGAUCGUCCACGAGAUCCAGAAGCAGGAGGUGUGUGGGAACCUGACCCUGCAGCACCACAUGCUGGAGCCCGUGCAGAGGAUCCCGCGCUACGAGCUGCUGCUCACGGAUUAUCUGAACAAGCUGCCCCCCGAUGCCUCCGACAGCAAGGACGCCCAGAAGUCUCUGGAGCUGAUUGCCACGGCUGCAGAGCACUCCAACACUGCCAUUCGCAAGAUGGAGCGAAUGCACAAGCUGUUGAAAGUCUACGAGCUGCUGGGCGGAGAGGAGGACAUUGUGAACCCCACGAACGAGCUCAUUAAAGAGGGGCACAUCCUGAAGCUAUCAGCCAAGAACGGGACCACGCAGGACAGAUACCUAAUCCUGUUCAACGACAGGCUGCUGUACUGCGUUCCCAAGCUGCGCUUGAUUGGGCAGAAAUUCAGCGUCCGAGCAAGGAUAGACGUGGACGGGAUGGAGUUGAAAGAGACGAGCAGCCUUAACAUCUCCCGGACGUUCCUGGUUUCCGGGAAGCAGAGAUCCCUGGAGCUGCAAUCCAGGACUGAAGAGGAGAAAAAAGACUGGGUUGAGGCAAUUCAGGCCACCAUUCAGAAGCAUGAACAGACUCUAGAGACUUUCAAACUGCUCAACACAUCUUUAAGAGAAGAGGACUACACCCCCCCCAACUCGCCAAACACAGAUCUCGGGCGUCGGGCCCCCACGCCCAUUCGAGAGAAGGAGGUCACCCUCUGCAUGACGUGUCAGGAGUCUUUCAACUCCAUCACCAAGAGGAGGCAUCACUGCAAGGCCUGCGGACAUGUGGUGUGUGGGAGGUGCUCCGAGUUCCGCGCCAGGCUACUGUACGAUAACAAUCGUCCGAACCGCGUGUGCGUGGACUGCUACACCGCGCUGCACGGGGCCCCGCCCACUCCGGGCUGCCCCGCCCACGCCCCGCCCCUGAGACGGCGCUCAAUACUGGAGAAGCAGGCCUCAGUCGUGGCUGAGAACAGCGUGGUCUGCAGCUACAUGCAGUUCAUGGAGAAGGGGGCGGGGCGAGGCUGGCAGAAAGCGUGGUUCGUGGUCCCAGAGAAUGAGCCGCUGGUUUUGUACAUCUACGGCGCUCCGCAGGAUGUGAAGGCUCAGCGCAGUGUUCCCCUGAUCGGGUUCGAAGUCUCGGUCCCGGACUCUUCCGAUAAACUGGAGCGGCGCUCCGCCUUCAAGAUCAGCCAGAGUCACCUGACCCUCUACUUCAGCGCGGAGGGGGAGGGGCUACAACGCCGCUGGAUGGAGGUUCUGAGCAGGGCGGGGCGGGGGGAGGAGCCGACAGGAGGCCACGCCUCCAUCUCCGAGGCAGAGGAGGAAGGGGCGGGGCCAGAGGAUGAGAACACGUGAUCUCAGAACAGCUUUUAAAUUUGACGAAGCUGAAGAAUUUCCAGCAUUUCAUGAUCAAUAUGUGUGGAGCACAGAUGGUUUUUUUUAUAUAAAUGAGAGGGAGAGGGAGAGGGAGAGGGAGAGGGAGAGGGAGAGGGAGGAGGGUGACUCGUACAACUUGUGUUUAAAUCUUUCCAUAUUGUUUACCAUGGGUAUUGGCUUGACCAUGCUAUAUUAGACUGUUUCUCUCCAUCGCGAAUGAUUCCCAUCCAAAUCGACUUUGAUUCAAUCCCCGCGCUGCUUUAUUGCCAUCUAGUGGACGUCUGCCAGAACUGCAGCCUGCUGUUCAGUCCACCGUAGUUUAGAGACUAAACUAGACAGAACCUACCGGUUUUUUUUUUUGAGGCACUUACCACCAGCUUUAUAAAAGAAAAUAAAUAAAUAAAUAAAUAAUCAUAAAUAAAGGGAUUUUCUUUUGCACUUUUUAAACGAAAAUGUUAAACAAAAAACUUUUUUUUUCAAGUUUUCGAUUCUGUCAAAUUGAGGAUUUUUGUUUCUUACAGGCUUUUGUUUUUUUUUUAUUUUUUUGUUUUGUUUUUAAGCAGCCAAAGUCCUGUGUUUUAUUGUCUUUUUUAAAUAGGAAACUAUUGAAUGGUACACUUUUUAAUAUAAAGUGGUAGGUUCAGAAGCCUGUGAUUGAGAUUAGGGACGUGCUGUUUUAUCACCCCUUAUAAAAUGUACCUGUGCUUUACAAUGCUUCCCUAUGCUUUACCACACCUCUCUGUGCUUUACAAUGCUUCCCUAUGCUUUACCACACCUCUCUGUGCUUUACAAUGCUUCCCUAUGCUUUACCACACCUCUCUGUGCUUUACAAUGCUUCCCUAUGCUUUACCACACCUCUCUGUGCUUUACAAUGCUUCCCUAUGCUUUACCACACCUCUCUGUGCUUUACAAUGCUUCCCUAUGCUUUACCACACCUCUCUGUGCUUUACAAUGCUUCCCUAUGCUUUACCAGACCUCUCUGUGCUUUACAAUGCUUCCCUAUGCUUUACCAUCCCUCUCUGUGCUUUACAAUGCUUCCCUAUGCUUUACCACGCAUCUCUGUGCUCUACAAUGCUUCCCUAUGCUUUACCAGACCUCUCUGUACUUUACAAUGCUUCCCUAUGCUUUACCACACCUCUUUGUGCUUUACCAGGCUUUAUGCUUUAUCACAUUUUGCUGUGCUUUUACUAUGGGACACUUUUAUAAGGGUAUCGCGAGUUAAGAGUUUGUGUGUGUGUGCAGGGCAGGAAAUCAGACUCCUAUUGCACAGCAGUGUCACCCAUUCCAGGUUUUACUAGCAGCUUGAUCAGCCCCCAGUGUGUCUACCUAACAAGCUCAGGUGUGUCUGAUUAUUGAGCUCACAGUAAAACCAGGAAUGGUUCACACUGCUGUCUUAGUUCCUGGUGCGGGACUGUGAGAAAGACUUGAGAGGCCAGGUUAUGGAAAAAAAAGCCAAAACAAGAUAUGAAGGGCCUGCAUUUCUGUACUGAACCAAUGAAAAAAAAAAAAAAAAAAGCUUCAAACUCUCCUGCAUUUAAAAAAAAACCACACACACAAAAAACAACGUUUUGUUUUGUAAAUAUAAUUUAUUUCUUGCUUUUCUAAGCUUAUGAUCCUGGCAAACGUCAGUGACUUCUGUACAGAAAAACAAGUAAAAAUACAAUACAAUAAAUAAAUAAAUAACCAGCAGGUCAUUAACACACACACACACACACACACACAAGACACAGACACACACACACACACACACAGACACUGACACACAUACAGACAGACACUGACACACACACAGACACACACUGACAUAGACAUACAUACAGACACACACUGACACACACACACAGACACAGACACUGACAUACAUACACACACACACACACAGACACUGACAUACAUACAGACACACACAGACAAAUACUGACACACACACACAGACAAACAUACAGACACUGACAUAGACACACACACACACAGACAGACACUGACACACACACACACACAGACACUGACAUAGACACACACACACACAGACACAGACACACACACACACACUGACAGACACACACACUGACACACACACAGACACUGACACACACAGACACAGACACAGACACACACAGACACUGACACACACACACACACACACACACACACACACAGACAAACACAGACACAUACACAGACAGACACUGACAUACAUACAGACACACACUGACACACACACACACAAACACUGACAUACAUACAGACACACACUGACACACACACACACAAACACUGACAUACAUACAGACACACACUGACACACACACACACACACACAGACACUGACACACACACACACACACAGACAAACACUGACACACACACACACACACAGACACAAACAGACAGACACUGACAUAGACACACACACACACACAAACAGACAGACACUGACAUAGACACACACACACACACACAAACAGACAGACACUGACAUAGACACACACACACACACACAAACAGACAGACACUGACAUAGACACACAAACAGACAGACACUGACAUAGACACACAAACAGACAGACACUGACAUAGACACACAUACACAAACAGACAGACACUGACAUACACACACAGACACUGACACACACACACAGACACUGACACAGACAGACACUGACACACACACAGACACUGACACACACACACACACACACACACAGACAAACACUGACAUACAUACAGACACACACAGACAAACACUGACAUAGACACACACAGACAGACACCGACACACACACACACACAGACAAACACUGACAUACAUACAGACACACACAGACAAACACUGACAUAGACACACACAGACAGACACCGACACACACACACACACAGACAAACACUGACAUACAGACACACACACACACACACCGACAUAGACACACACAGACAGACACUGACACACACACACACAGACAGACACUGACACACACACACACACACAGACACUGACAUACAUACAGACACACACAGACAAACACAGACACAUACACAGACAGACACUGACAUACAUACAGACACACACACAAGGUGAUUUUUUUGUAAAACAGUGCCAACUUUUUACUUCUACAAACACGCUUACAAAAAAAUGAUAAUCUGCCCCAGAAAAGCCGAGUCUGCGCUGGCUGUUAUACGACCGCACUGACAGUGUAAAGGUGAGGGAAGGACGGCUUGUCUUGGUUUUAAAUCAACACGCUAAAGAAUGGAUUCAUGAAAUACCUGCCGACUUGAAAUGUUUCCUAAAGGCAGGGGUGAGUUCAAGUCUCUGUGCAGACCUAAUGUUUCAGCAACGUGAACAACUUCCUGUAAUAACAAACUGUGGCGGAUUUUAAAUGUGUAAACAAGACUGUAUGUCAUUAUUAUUAUUAUUAUUAUUAUUGUUAUUAUUAUUAUUAUUGUUAUUAUUAUUAAUUAUGAGUGGCUGGCCACUAGGAGUCAUUGUAUGUUGCUCUCCCAAUGAAAUCUGUGCAAAGAGAAACAAAACCAAACAAAAAUAAAACAAAUUUAUACAAAAAUAAAUGUAAUGAUAAUAAAUAAAAAUGCAAACGUU